GCAGACGUCAACCGCCAAAUAACCGGGCGCUUUGAACGGAGCGGAGUGCAGUGCCGCAAUACAACUUUUCAAAAUAUUAUUUUUUGGGACUAAAUCUCAGGAAUACAAGAUGUAUAUCAAGGAAAUAAUCAUCGAUGGAUUUAAGUCAUAUGCACAGAGGACGGAAAUCAAGGGAUUUGACCCUCUCUUCAACGCAAUUACUGGAUUGAACGGUUCUGGAAAGUCAAACAUCCUCGACUCGAUUUGUUUUUUGUUGGGGAUCUCCAAUUUAACACAGGUUCGAGCUGGCAGCUUACAAGAACUGGUGUACAAGGGAGGCCAAGCCGGUGUCACAAAAGCAACUGUCACAAUAGUCUUUGACAACAGAGACAAGAAGCAGAGUCCAGUAGGAUAUGACAGCUUUGAUGAAUUCACAGUCUCAAGACAGGUUGUAAUAGGUGGUAGGAAUAAGUACCUGAUCAAUGGAAGCAAUGCAAACAAUAGCAGAGUACAGGAUCUCUUUUGCAGCGUUCAACUCAAUGUCAACAAUCCACAUUUCCUCAUUAUGCAGGGGAGAAUCACUAAAGUACUGAACAUGAAACCUCCAGAGAUCCUCUCCAUGAUAGAGGAAGCAGCUGGCACACGUAUGUAUGAGAACAAAAAGGCCUCUGCUCAGAAAACAAUAGAGAAGAAAGAUGCUAAGCUCAAAGAAAUUGAAUCAGUACUAAACGAAGAGAUCACUCCCACCCUGACCCGACUCAACGAGGAGCGCUCCUCCUACCUGGAGUAUCAGAAGGUCUUGAGGGAGCUGGAUCACCUGACCAAGCUCCAUGUGGCAUACCAGUUUGUCUCCGCCGAGAAGCUCUCUAAGGAGUCGGAGCAGGAGCUGGCCAAGAUCGCAGAGGCAACCAAUGCCCUCAGACAGAGGAUGAAAGAGAUUGAUGACAAAAUUGUUGAGCUGGGGGAUACCAUCCAGGCCUUGGAGAAGGAGAGGGACGAGGAGGCUGGUGGAGUAUUAAAGGAGAUAGAGAAGCGCCUUGUGGAAACACAGAAUGACGAUACCAAGAUCCAGAGCUCACUGCAACACAAGAAAGAGGCAGUCAAUAAGGAGAAGAAGAAUAAGAAGGCUAUUGAGAAGAGCUACACAGAGGAUCAAGCUACCCUAAAGGCCAAAGAAAAGGAUAUCGAGAAGCUGAGUGGAAGUUUCACGAAGCUUGAAGAGAAAUGCAAAGAGAACCAGGAGGGCGUCGUCCAGGCUCAGAAGCACUACCAAGCCGUCUCUGCUGGCCUGUCUAGCAGUGACGAUGGAGAGGAUAAGACACUAGCUGAUCAGCUUAUGACUUGCAAGGCGGAGAUGAAAGCUGCCGAGACGAACCUGAAACAAGCCCAGAGCACACUGAAGAGCGACCAGGCUGAGCUGAAGAAGAAGGAAGCUGAACUCAAGAAAACGGCCAAGGAGUAUGAGAAAGACAAGGCCAACAUGGAGGCAGUGAUCAAGAGCAAGACUAAAUUGGAGGAUGAGAUGAAGAAGCUUGGUUUUGAGGAUGGCAAGGAAGAUGAUCUCGAGAACCAACACAAAACCCUCUCGGCCAAGGUCGAUAACCUUUCAGACAAGGUCAACGCACUUACAUCCAGAUUCCCUAAUCUUCAGUUUGAAUACAAGGAUCCCGAGAAGAACUUUGACCGUUCCAAGGUGCAUGGUCUAGUGGCCAGACUCGUAAAGGUCAAGGAUGUCAAGUAUGCUACAUCACUAGAGGUCACUGCAGGUCGAAAGCUCUACAACGUGGUGGUAGAUUCAGAGCAAACGGGCAAGAAGCUCCUGCAGAAGGGAGAGUUGAAACGUCGCUACACCAUCAUCCCCCUCAACAAGAUUGCAGCCCGAUCCAUCUCGGGGGAUACAGUCAGAGCAGCUCAGAAUCUGGUUGGCAAAGACAAUGUCCGUACUGCCCUGACCCUCGUUGGGUACGAGAAGGAUGUACAGUCAGCAAUGGAGUUUGUCUUUGGGUCUAGUUUGGUCUGUAAUGAUAUGGCACAUGCUAAAAAGGUGACCUUUGACCCUAAGGUCAAGACAAGGACAGUGACCCUUGCUGGUGACACCUUUGACCCAUCAGGAACCUUGACGGGAGGUGCGCGGAACAACAGUUCUUCAGUGUUGCGUAAGCUAGCAGAGCUUCAGGAGGCUGAAGAAGCCUUGUUUGUGGAGCAGGAAAAACUGAAUGCCGUCAAGAAAGAAUUGGCCAAGAUCAGAGGAUCUGCAGACAAGAUGCGAGCGUUGAAGGAACAGUAUGAUCUCAAGGUCCACGAGGCACAGCUCCUAGAAGAAAGGCUGAAGCAAGGCACACAUCACAGCAAACUAGAAGAAAUCAAUGCGCUCAAAGCAUCAGUUGAGGAGCAAGGGAAGAUGAUCGAGGAUGCCAAGACCAAACAGAAGGAGAUGACGGAGAGAACGAAGAGCCUCGAGGACAAGAUUAAGAAUGCUGCAGCCGUUAGAGAGAAAGAACUCAAAGCAGCCGAACAGGAGGUUAACAAGGCCAAGAAGAAAGCUGAGGAAACCAAUAAACAAAUGAAAGAAAAGCAACAGGAAAUGAACAGUCUCAAGUUUGAGGUGGACAACCUGAAGCAAGAAAUAACCAAGUAUGAUGACCAGCUGACCGCUAGUGACCAGGCCAUUGAAGCCAUCCAGGCACAACAGGAAGAGAUGGAACAACAGGCAAAGGAAUCAAAGGACAAGGUGAAGGAAACCAAGAAGGAGCUUGAUAGACAGAAGGAGAAACUGAAAGAGAAGAACAAAGACAUCCAGACUAAGAUCAGCGAGAGGGAAGAUCUGAAGAAAGAAGACCAAGACACUCAACUUCAGAUCAAGGAACAAGAACAUGUUGCAGCGAAGAUCCAGAGAGACAGUGCUGAUGCAGUACAUAGGGUUGAGAACCUCAUGGCCAAGUACGAAUGGAUCGCCUCGGAGCGCCAGUUCUUUGGGCAACCCAACACGGCCUACGACUUCAGCAGCUCGGACCCCAAGGAGAACGGCCGCAGGUUACAGAAGCUGCAGGAGACCAAGGAGAAGCUAGGAAAGAGUGUCAACAUGAGAGCCAUGAACAUGCUCAGCAAGGCAGAGGAGAAGUACAAUGAGUUGAUGAAGAAGAAGCGUAUCGUAGAGAAUGACAAAAAGAAGAUCAUGGAUACGAUCAGAGAACUUGACGAGAAGAAGAAUGAGGCUCUCAAGAAAGCAUGGCAGCAAGUCAACAAGGACUUUGGCUCCAUCUUCUCGACCCUGUUACCGGGUACAUCAGCCAAGCUGACUCCACCAGAGGGUAUGGGUAUCCUUGAUGGGCUGGAGGUCAAGGUGGCCUUUGGGGAUGUCUGGAAGGAAAGUCUGCAGGAGCUCAGUGGAGGUCAAAGGUCGUUGGUAGCACUGUCUUUGAUCCUCUCCCUAUUGCUCUUCAAACCUGCUCCUCUGUACAUUCUGGAUGAAGUAGACGCAGCCUUGGAUCUCUCGCAUACGCAGAACAUUGGACAGAUGCUCAGGACUCACUUCAAACAUUCACAGUUCAUUGUGGUAUCCCUCAAAGACGGAAUGUUCAACAAUGCCAAUGUUCUCUACAAGACCAAGUUUGUUGAUGGCGUAUCCACGGUAACACGCUACGCCCAGCAGCAGUCGUCAAUCCCGCCCGCCGUUCCCGCAUCCUUCGCUCGUGGCAAGAGCACCACCACCAAGAAGACGUCUGCAAAGAGAGCGAGGACGGAGCCGUUGGCAGAAAAGUCAAACUGAUGAUAUGCUCUACUUCUGUGAUAUCUUUUUGAUACAUUAGGUGACAUCAAACUAUUUCUGAAACUAUCGUUUCACCGCCGUUCUCUUUGCAUCAGUUUUCAGGGCUGGAUUUUUAAGAAAAUUAGAAAAAUCUGAAAUGUACACCACAUGAUGAUUUGAGUUACCAAAGUAUGCCAACUAAAGUUAAUAUGAGUUGUGCUUUACUGAAAUCUGCUGUUGUGGUGUAAUAUAGCCUUAUCAAUUUUAGUUUUCUCUUGGUUGAUAUGUGUAAUCAGAAAUGAAAGUUUGAUGGAAUAUUCUUGUGAUCAAAGAAAAUGUGCAUUUUCAUUUUGAAGGUCAUCUUUCAAUUUUCUGUAUUUUCUGCUGUGUAAAUACAAUGUUCAUCAGAAUAACUAUAACCAAAAUUAAUCCUUUUAAAUUAUUGAAUAAUGAUAUGUAAAUAAGAAGGUUUUGAAUAGUUCCCCCAAGGCCAUUGCCCUCAUCGAGGCAUGUGACAUUUCCAAAUCUGCUUCCCAAAGCCGUCGAUCCCUGGCACCCUUGCGCCCACUCACAUGAUUGUAUUUAGCUGAUGCAUGGGUUAUUUAUAAGAACUGGCAGACUCUGUGCGGUGGUAUCAACCUGUUCCGGAGAUAAGACUGGAAGAUGAGACGGGUUGAGAUUGCUGGUAUCUGACUGGGUAAGAUCAGCAAAGGUUCACUGCUGUCAGAAUUUGACAAUUCAGGGUCGGGAUCAAACACUUGAUGAUAAGACCCAGAUAUAUGAGUUUGCCUUCUUUGAUAAUGGUAACCGUUAUUGUCAAAACAUGAUGAUAGGCUAUCGGGGAUGACGCGAUAGCUGGCAGUGUAAUGUAAAUAGUAGAUUCCAGUUAGACGAGGAUGGAAUAACGCUGAUUCAGUAGUAGACCUUCUGUUCGUGAUUUCCUUUCCCGUCGUUAUUGAUAUCUCACGGAAGAAGCGUCCUCCUUUAUUCAGUAGCAAUGCAUGUCAAAAACCUUGAAGUAUCUUGAUAGCAGAUGUUCAAAGGUCUGCAUAUGAUGACCAUUGAUUAGGAGAUUUGCUAAAGCUCUCAAUUGUUAUAUUUCAUAGUGCUGUGUAUUAAGAUAUAGUGUCAGGAUUGAGCGAGGGUAAAGUUUUUGCUGAACUUCUUAAACGAGAAUCGUAUUUGUGAGCAAAUAAAAAUGUGCAAUUGUGCAAGCAAUCUAUGCUGUGACUGAUAACAAAAACUUUGACAAAAUUAGACUUCCAACAAUUGCACCCUCCCCUUCUAGGGGGUUAUGAGAAGAGAGAAGUCUAUGGAUUGUGUCAUGAAAGUUGUCAGCAUUGAUUGACUAUUUGUCAUUUAAAAUCACAACAGUUACAUGUCCCAUAGUAACAGAUCAGAAGGAGACCUCUGAUUCUCCGCCAAUCUAAACCAAUGAUAGCUGUCAUGUGAUCAUUGUUGACCCCCCCCCCCCCCCAUGAAUAGCUUGUAAAUUAGGCAUACAUGUACAUUUCACUACUGGAAGGUGACUUUUUUUAAGAAUCACCAUUUUGAAGAAAAUAAAUUGCUCCAUGUUUGUGUUAAUAACAUUUUUGCAUUCAAUGGGGGGGGGGGGGGGCGCUUGGGCAUAAAUUCCAAUAUUGUUACUCACAUUUGGACUCUGAAAAGAGAAGUUAUUUACAUGGAGAACAACCGUUACGAUCCUUUAAUCGGAACAGUGAACCUUUACUGUGAUGCUGUUUAUUGUCUUAAAAUUGGUCUAUAUGCUUUCUUAAUUAAUGGGGGCAGAAGUGGUUUGACCUCUUUGUUAUUAGGUGAGAAAUUAUCCUAAUCAGCAUCUACCACAUUGGGUCUUAUCGGUACAAAGUCUACAAACUCUGACUUCAGUUAUCCUGUAAAGUCAACGCUGGGAUUGAUAACAACUGCCUUGGAGAAGUCUUGAGAAACGAGGGAUGUGUUCAUUCAAUUGUCUUAGCUCGAUCACAAACAUGCUUAUACAAAUCAAAAUGCAAAUGUAAAGUAUGGGCAGUGCAGGUGUGUUCAAGCAAUAUUUCAUUCAGGUAUCCUGUUGGAUAACGUUGGAUUGACAACUGCCCUGGAGAAGUCAUAAGAACAAGGGAUGCUUUCCUAACAGUUUUAAAACUAGAAUCACAAACAUGUUCACAAAAUCAGAAUGCAAACAUUCCACAUGGUCAUAGCAGACUGUUCAAGCAAUAUUUUAUCUCUCGUUUCAAGCCAAGCCACUUGAACCAGGAAGUAAAGGUUGAAAUGGCUUGUACGCAAUAAUGUGUGAAUGUGAGAUUAAUGGUUUAGCAGAAUCACCAUUUAAAAUGAACAUUUUCAUUGUUUAUUGUUGACGUUUUGAAAGACGGUAGAAAAUUGCUUGAACACAUCUAUUGCUUCUAUAAAAUGGCCAUUCAAAACACAUUUCUAAGCCAAAUGAAAAUUGUUUGAACACACCUGUUUGAAUGCAUCUGUAGAUUGAACUCAAUGUUUCUGAGAGCCAUGUUUCUAUGGUGUAAAAGUUUCGUUUGAAUACAGCCUAGUGUACAUAACAAACAGAUAUGAGAUUCUAUCUUUAGAACAUCAGUCAGAUUUGUCUAGGAGAUUAAUCUCCAAUUGUUCCUGAUCCUGUAACACUAGUACCAGCUUCUGCCAUUUUGCGAAAUAUUACACCCAUGUGGUGAAAUAAUGGGUUUAUUUUCAUUUGGUCCAAUGCCAAUUGCCAACUUGUCUACUAUCAUUUGGUCUACCAUCGGUUCGUCCACUAACCACAUGGUCUAAUAGCCAAUUCUUCUAAUAACCAGUUGGUCCAAUAGCCAUUUAGUCCAUAUACCGUUUGGUCUAAUUUGACUAAGUGUUAUUGUGCAAAAUGAAUGAAAAUGAAAUGGAUAUUAGACCAACUGGAUAUGAGACGACAUGGUGAUUAGACGAAGUGAUGUUUGGACCAAAUGGUUAUUGGACCAAAUGAUUUGACGAAAUGUUAAUGGACGGAAUGGCAUUAGACAUAAUGAAAUUAGACCAUGUGGUGAAAUAAUGUCUACUCUUCAUUUAAUUAGGAUCCAAAUAAUAACUCAAGGAAGCCCUAUUCUGAAAAGGAUAGAAAUUCCUACUUAUGCAACAUAUUUUGGCCACAGAAAAUGCUUCUUCUUUGUGAAGUCUAAAGGGUUCAUUCAGGAUCAUUUUCCUAUUUUUGAAAUUAGUCUGUGAUAUUAGGCUUUACAGAAUGGAUUUGGAGCUGAUAUUGAGUUUCUGUUUUCAUAUAUUUUGCCAUGAAUCUAAGCAUAUUGAGGAAUAUGCAAUGUUGAAUAUUAAUGUUGAUUUUAUUGAGUUUCCUGAUGAAAUUAUAUGAAGAUACAUUUGAGUAAGAAAUCACUAGUAGUCAAACAGGGAAAUCUUCAAUUAUCCAAUACGGUAGUUCAUUCAGAGGUGCGAUGAUAAUGGUUUUAAGUUCAAUUAAAUGUCGACACUUUAAGAUAUUUUGUGGUAAAUUAUACUACAUGUACAUGUGAUUACUUUCCAAUGAUCCAUUGCCUUGGGUUAGGACAUUCCACCAUGUACAUGUAUUCCGCUCUGAGUGAUAAUAUAAGAAUUAUAUACAAGAGAUACAUGCAGCUGGGGCUAAACCUGAUGUCACCAAAAAAACCUUGCAAACAGAUUAUGUAUACAUGCUUCCAUUUCUGUAAUGUUUUCCUGUCAUAUUUAUGGCAAGAGGUUGCAAUGUUAUACAAACAUGCUCAAUUCAAAAUCCGGUUGCCAUGGAGUUGUGUAUAUGACCUUAUAACCUUUUUCAAACUACUUAGAUUCUCAUGUACAAAUGUGACCAGGAUGAGAUAAAAAUGCUCACUCCUUUUUAAAUGAAGCAACAAUGAGUUUUCUCUCUAUAUAUCUCCAUCUUUCUCUCAUUGAUUAUCGGGAUAUCAAAUCUUAUUUCUUCCAUUUUUGUCAUUCUCCGAUCAUACUGUCUCUUCAUUGUACAAAAGAUAUUAUUGACUAUAGAUUUAGGUAGAUUAGUGUGGUAAAUGUGGUUGUAAAUAAUGCAGUGAUAUCCAGGUUAUCUUUUUUGAAGUAUUAUGAAGGGAAUUGAUGUAAUCUUCUUUGUAAAUAAAUGUAUAAAAAUAUGGUGUGUACAUUGUAUUUAUGGUAUGCAGUGGCACAAAUGUGUACAUAAAGUUUUUAAUUCAUAAAGUAGGGAACAGCUCAGAAAUAUGUUACCUUUUCUCCGAGCCCAUCCAUACAAAAACUUGAAAAGUACAGUAUCCAACAAGUAAAUCAUACAGAUACAUGUACAUGUAGAAUCAUCGUUUUAAAGUUACAAAAAUGCUUUUCUCUUGUUAUGUCUCGGACGGAGUACAGAAUGAAGUAUCAUUGAUUUUCAGGUGUGUGUAUAGUAAUAACAUUUACCGACAGUGCCUUCCAUGUGAGGCUCAACAACUUUUAUACCGUUUAUUUCAUAAAGUAUUUCAUAAAGAUGGGAAUAAAAUUUGCCUACAGACAGUGCCUUCCAUGUGAGGCUCAACCCCUUUUAUACCGUGUAUUUUCAUUAAGUUUUCCAUAAAGAUGGUAAUAAAAUCUUCCUACAGUGCCUUUCAUGUGGUGCUCAACGCCUUUUAUACCAUGUACAUCAUAGUUUUUCAUACAGAUGGUAAUAAAAUCUUCCCAUAGUACCUUCCAUGUGGUGCUCAAUGCCUUUUAUACCAUGUAUAGCGAAAGAUAUUUUGUGAAUAAUGCCGAUAGUGUCCUUUGUGUACUGGAAAUGAAAUUAAUGAUUGAAAUGCAUGUCUCUUGCUUGUGUGCACGGACCGAACUGCAGAUUAUUAAAGUCUAGCACAUUUUGUAUAUUUGUACAAAAUAA